CGGGGAGGGCGGGAGGGUGGGGGAAGACUCGCCGACCGACCCGCGGACCGACAGACGGACGGACCGACGGGCGGGCAUGCGGGCGGCCCGACUUUAGCCCGGGCUCGGGGCUCCGGCCGCAGCCAUGGAGCGGCGGCUGCGCGCGCUGGAGCGGCUGGCGCGGGGCGAGGCCGGCGGCGGCCCGGGGCUCGACGGCCUCCUGGAUCUGCUGCUGGGGCUGCACCACGAGCUCAGCAGCGCCCCCCUGCGGCGGGAGCGCAACGUGGCGCAGUUCCUGAACUGGGUCAGCCCCUUCGUAGCAAAGGUCAAAGAGCUGCGGCUGCAGAGAGAUGACUUUGAGAUCUUGAAGGUGAUCGGCCGAGGGGCCUUCGGGGAGGUGGCUGUGGUGAGGCAGAGGGACAGUGGACAGAUUUUUGCCAUGAAAAUGCUGCACAAGUGGGAGAUGCUGAAGAGGGCUGAGACGGCCUGUUUCCGGGAGGAGCGGGACGUUCUGGUGAAAGGGGACAGCCGCUGGGUGACCGCUCUGCAUUACGCCUUCCAAGAUGAGGAGUACCUGUAUCUGGUGAUGGACUACUACGCAGGAGGGGACCUCCUCACUCUGCUGAGCCGCUUCGAGGACCGCCUCCCGCCCGAGCUGGCCCAGUUCUACCUGGCCGAGAUGGUGCUGGCCAUCCACUCGCUGCAUCAGCUGGGCUAUGUCCACAGGGACGUCAAGCCAGACAACAUCCUCCUGGACAUGAACGGGCACAUCCGCUUGGCCGACUUUGGCUCCUGCCUGCGUCUCAACAACAGUGGCAUGGUGGAUUCCUCCGUGGCAGUGGGGACGCCAGACUACAUCUCCCCCGAGAUCCUGCAGGCCAUGGAGGAGGGCAAGGGCCACUAUGGCCCCCAGUGCGACUGGUGGUCCCUGGGGGUCUGUGCCUACGAGCUGCUCUUUGGGGAGACGCCCUUCUACGCCGAGUCCCUGGUGGGGACCUACGGCAAGAUCAUGAACCACGAGGACCACCUGCACUUCCCCCCAGAUGUGCCCGAUGUGCCGGCCAGUGCCCGAGACCUGAUCCGCCAGCUGCUGUGCCGCCAGGAGGAGCGUCUGGGCCGUGGAGGGCUGGAUGACUUCCGGAACCACCCCUUCUUCGAAGGCGUGGACUGGGAGCGGCUGGCGAGCAGCACUCCUUACAUCCCUGAGCUCCGCGGGCCCAUGGACACCUCCAACUUUGACGUGGACGACGACACCCUCAACCAUCCAGGGACCCUGCCGCCACCCUCCCAUGGGAACUUCUUAGGCCACCACCUGCCAUUCGUGGGCUUCACCUACAUCUCAGGCAGUCCAGGCCCUGAGAGCAGUUCCGAGCAGUUGGCUGCCCUGGAGCGGAAGCUCCGUUGUGUGGAGCAGGAGAAGGUGGAGCUGAGCCGGAAGCUCCAAGAAGCUCUGCAGACCCCCUCAGACCAUCGGGAGCUGGAGCAGCUACGGAAGGAAGUGCAGAUUCUGCAGGACAGGCUGUCAGAGACGCUGAAGGACAGCACAGUGGACGGUCCCCCAGUGGGUAGGCCCGGCCAGGACAGUGACCUGAGGCAGGAGAGAGACCAACUCCUCCAGGAGCUGGCCGAGGCUCGGGCUGGGCUGCAGGCGCAGGAGCAGGAGCUCUGCAGGGCCCAGGGGCGGCAGGAGGAGCUGCUCCGGAAGCUGCAGGAGGCCCAGGAGAGAGAGGCGGCCAUGGCCAGCCAGACCCAAGCCCUGAACUCCCAGCUGGAGGAAGCCUGGGGUGCCCAGAAGGAGCUGCAGGCCCAGGUGGCUGCCCUGAGCCAGGAAGUGACGCGGCUCCAGAAACAGAGGGAACGAAGCCUCGAGAAGGAGUCAUCCCGGGUCAACGUGACUGUCCACACUGCCUCUGAGACCAACGGCACAGGAUCGCCCGAGGGCGGGCCUCAGGAGGCACAGCUGAGGCAGGAGGUGGCCGCCCUGCGUGUGCAGCUGGAGCAGGCCCACAGCCACGGGCCGAGUGGAAAGGAGGAGGCUCUAUGCCGGCUACGGGAGGAGAACCAGCGACUGAGCCGGGAGCAGGAGCGGCUGCUGGAAGAGCUGGAGCGGGAGCAGCAGAGCAAGCAGAGGCUGGAGGGAGAGCAGCGGGAGACAGAGAGCAACUGGGAGGCCCAGAUUGCCGACAUCCUUACCUGGGUGAAUGAUGAGAAGGUGUCAAGAGGCUACCUGCAGGCCCUGGCCACCAAGAUGGCCGAGGAGCUGGAGUCCUUGCGGAAUGUGGGCACCCAGACUCUCCCUGCCCGGUCGCUGGAUCACCAGUGGAAGGCACGGCGGCUGCAGAAGAUGGAGGCCUCAGCCAGGCUGGAGCUGCAGUCAGCACUAGAGGCCGAGAUCCGGGCCAAGCAGGGCCUGCAGGAGCGGCUGACGCAGGUGCAGGAGGCCCAGCUGAGGGCUGAGAGCCGUCUGCAGGAGACUGAGAAGCAGAACCAGGGCCUGCAGCAGGAACUGGCUGCACUCCGGGAGGAGCUGCGGGCCCGUGGCCCAGGAGACACCAAGCCCUCCAACUCCCUGAUUCCCUUCUUGUCCUUCUGGAGCACAGAGAAGGAUUCCGCCAAGGACCCUGGCAUCUCAGGAGAAGCCCCCAGGUCUGGAUUGGAGCCAGAGCUGAGGCCAGAGGGCCGUCGCAGCCUGCGCCUGGGGGCCGUGUUCCCCAGGGCGCCUGCUGCUACCACAGCCUCCCCAGAAAGUCCUCCUGCGAAGCCCGGCUCACACACGCUGCGCCCCCGGAGCUUCCCGUCCCCCACCAAGUGUCUCCGCUGCACCUCGCUGAUGCUGGGUCUGGGCCGCCAGGGCCUGGGCUGUGACGCCUGCGGCUACUUCUGUCACUCGACUUGUGCCCCACAGGCCCCGCCCUGCCCCGUGCCCCCUGACCUCCUCCACACGGCCCUGGGAGUGCACCCCGAGACGGGCACGGGCACCGCCUACGAGGGCUUCCUGUCGGUGCCACGGCCCUCUGGUGUCCGGCGGGGCUGGCAACGAGUGUUUGCCGCCCUCAGUGACUCGCGCCUGCUGCUGUUUGACGCCCCGGACCCGAGGCUCAGCCCGGCCAGCGGGGCCCUCCUGCAGACACUCGAUCUGAGGGACCCCCAGUUCUCAGCUACCCCUGUGCUGGCCUCUGAUGUUAUCCACGCCCAAUCCAGGGACCUGCCACGUAUCUUUAGGGUGACGGCCUCCCAGCUGACGGUGCCACCUGCCACAUGCACCGUGCUGCUGCUGGCAGAGAGCGAGGGGGAGCGGGAGCGCUGGCUGCAGGUGCUGGGCGAGCUGCAGCGGCUGCUGCUGGACGCGCGGCCAAGGCCCCGGCCCGUGUACACACUCAAGGAGGCCUACGACAACGGGCUGCCGCUGCUGCCCCACACGCUCUGCGCCGCCAUCAUCGACCAGGAACGGCUUGCCCUGGGCACCGAGGAGGGCCUGUUUAUAAUCCACCUGCACAGCAACGACAUCUUCCAGGUGGGCGAGUGCCGGCGGGUGCAGAGGCUGGCAGUGAGCCCCACAGCAGGCCUUCUGGCCGUGCUCUGCGGCCGUGGCCCCAGCGUGCGCCUCUUCCCCCUGGCCGAGCUGGAGAAUGCAGAGGCAUCCGGUGCCAAGAUCCCUGAGUCUCGAGGCUGCCAGGCACUGGCAGCCGGGCGCAUCCUGCAGGCCCGCACCCCUGUGCUCUGUGUCGCAGUCAAGCGCCAGGUGCUCUGCUACCAGCUGGGCCCAGGCCCGGGGCCCUGGCAGCGCCGCAUCCGCGAGCUGCAGGCGCCAGCACCUGUGCAGAGCCUGGGGCUGCUGGGCGACCGGCUGUGCGUGGGAGCGGCCGGUGCCUUUGUCCUCUACCCGCUGCUCAACGAGGCUGCGCCCUUAGCGCUAGGGGCUGGCCUGGUGCCUGAGGAGCUGCCACCGUCCCGUGGGGGCCUGGGCGAGGCACUGGGGGCCGUGGAGCUCAGCCUCAGUGAGUUCCUGCUGCUCUUCACCACUGCUGGGAUCUACGUGGACAAUGCCGGCCGGAGGUCUCGCAUCCAGGAGCUGCUGUGGCCAGCAGUGCCCACGGGCUGGGGUUAUGCAGCCCCGUACCUGACAGUGUUCAGCGAGAACGCCAUUGACGUGUUUGAUGUGAGGCGGGCAGAGUGGGUCCAGACGGUGCCACUCAAGAAGGUGCGACCCCUGAACCCAGAGGGUUCCCUGUUCCUCUACGGCACAGAGAAGGUCCGCCUGACCUACCUCAGGAACCCACUCGCAGAGAAGGACGAGUUCGACAUCCCGAACCUCACCGACAAUAGCCGGCGCCAGCUGUUCCGCUCCAAGAGCAAGCGCCGCUUCUUUUUCCGCGUGUCGGAAGCGCAGCUGCAGCAGCAGCGCAGGGAGAUGCUGAAGGAUCCUUUUGUGCGCUCCAAGCUCAUUUCCACGCCCACCAACUUCAACCACUUGGUGCACGUAGGCCCUGCGGACGGGAGGCCCUGCGCCGGGGAACUGCCCCCAGGACGGGCUCCAGACCAGAAGGGCCGAGGUGCCCGCAGCUCUGGCCCACAGCGGCCUCACAGCUUCUCAGAGGCCCCGCGACGUCCGGCCUCCAUGAGCAGUGACGGCUUCGCUGGAGACUCAGACCCCAUGAAGAAGAAACCUUGGACAUCACUGUCCAGCGAGUCCGUGUCCUGCCCCCAGGGACCUCCAAGCCCCCCAGCCUCUCCUGUGCAGGUCUCAGAGCGGCCCCGGAGCCUCCCCCCGGCCCCUGAAUCUGAGAGCUCCCCUUGACACCCUCUGGCGGGGCCCACCCCAAUCCCAGGAUUGAGAGACUUGAGGGAGCAAAGAGCUUGAGGAACGCCAUACUCCGGCUGGUCCGGGAUGUGUGGAAAUUCGGACUCAGGGAGGGCCUGGGCUGGGCAGCAAUGGGGACCCUGGCCUGGGUUCCCCAGGCCGGUGGCGGGGGCGGGGGGGGGGUGGCUGGGAGGGGGUCUGACUCCGAGCCCUCAUCCCGCCUUUCCCCUCCGCUCCCAGCCCCAACCUGUGUUCGCCAUGGGGAACAGGAUGGCCCCCUUCCGCCCUGGGGGCCCCUCUGCCCUGGUGUCCAGGGCUGAUCGUGCCAAAGCUCGCAUUUGCAGGGCCGAGCCCUAGGAGGCGUGUGAAUAAGCGUCGGGAUGAGGGACAGAGAAGGGCCGGGUCCCUGGGAGCAGUGGACUGUUUAACCCCCAGGGAGGCCGAGCUGGGGCACGUCCCAGCCUCCACUCAGGGUCAGGGUGGGAGAGACAGAGACGGAGGGAGAGCAUGUAGGUGAAGGAGGUGGGAGAGGCAAGAGGCAGGAAAGUGCAGAGGAGGGGACGUGAUGGGAAGCAGGUGAAAGCCAUUCAGAGGCUGCGGAGGCAGGGAGAAGGAUGGAGGAGGAGGGAUGGAGAAGAGAGAGGCCAGAGGAGAGGGGAGGGGGCUGGGGGAGCGCCCAGGGGGCGUCUCUCUGCGGGAGCCGGUGGGGGUGGGGACAGGGAGGGGCUCCUCGAGCAGUGGAGCCAAAGGACAUUGUCACGGAAUCCGUCCAAGAGGAAGGUAACUCCUAGACAGGGAAGGGAUGGGGGGGUAUUUAUAAGGGCUACUUGGUGGAAGAUGGGCACCCCAAGGGUCUCCAGGCACACUGUGGCCCUUCCCAGAAAGGGAGGGGUCCUUCUUCUCAAAGCUUCAACCACUCGUGUAUUAGGGGAUCAUAGGGGCAUUUUAUUAUUGAUCACAGUCGCCAUUAUUGUUAUUAUAUUACUAUUUUUAUUAUUAAACCUCCCCCUCCAGAUAAGUAGGGGGCAAAAUAAGUAUUUAUCUUCUCAAAUGCCAUAUGCAAGGGAGGGAUCAACCCUGACGCUCUGUGAGGCAGUAAGAAACCAAUAAAGACAACUUGCGAAGCUGCUG